GACAGCGAGCUGAAGGGAGGGGAAGGGCCGCAGAAAUGUCAAACUACUUCACUUGACGAACGAUGGCUUCUCUGUAUUUGAUUCAUUACUACAUACAUAGUGUUGAUAAUAUUUUUAAUUAGCUUUCUUCUGUAGUGUUACACAGCCCUCGUAACACGAUGGACUCUAACAUUAUGGAGAUAAUUGAAGAAUUCAUGGAAAGUGCGUUGGCGCAAUGGGUUCAGCUGUUCGAGAAGAUGGUGGAGAGGGAGGACGGCGUAGCGCUCUACAGCCAGUACAUGGAAGUAAACUCAAUUCCUCAAAGUGCCCGGGAUCGUUACAUGAGGCUGACCAAUGGGAUAUUCCUCAAUGAGAUCAUGAGGAUCAUAGACCCCAACCCCAAGGUGGAGCGGCUGUACGACAACGAGAGAGACGAUCACAUGCUGAGAGUUCAGAACUUUUCUAUUUUAAAUCGACACAUCAGAGCCUUCUACCAGGAGGACCUGCAGCAGUUGAUACUGAUGCCUCUCCCAAACAUUGCCAUUCUGGGGCAGGACCCCAUAACAGAGGCAGCCGUGGAAGAGCUCAGGCGACUGCUUCUGCUCUUACUAGGAUGUGCUGUGCAGUGUGAGGAGAAGGAGGCGUUCAUUCAGCAGAUCCAGUCUCUGGACAUUGAGACCCAGGCAGCCAUUGCCAGCUGUAUCCAGCAGGUGACUCAGGAUCCUCGCAUGGUGCUGCCGCUGAGGUGGGAAGAGCUGGAAGAGGUUGAAGGUGCAGACUUUCAGCUGGUGUUCACCUCUAUGACCAAACAGAUCCAAAACCUGCUGACACAGAGAGACACACAACUGGAGAGAAUAGCAGAGCUUUGUCGGGAGCGAGAGGCCCAGUCUGACUCACCCACGGCGCCCCUGGGUGGUCAUAGCGAGGAGCCACCCCAAGGUCUGGCACUCCAGCUGGCAGACAGCAAGGCCAAACUCCGCCGCCUUAAACAACAACUGGAAGAUAAAGGUGAUCAGAUAUUGGAUUACAACCUGGAGAUUCAAACCAUGGAGGACCAGCUCAAGAAACUUCACAAAGAGGUAUGGACUGAAACCUGGUGCUCUGAUUUAGUUGUUUCUCUGUCAAAGAGAAAGAGAUACCCUUGCUUUGGAUACAGGGAAAGACUUUAUCACACAUAAAGCUUAACGAGUUUGGCAACUGCUGUGAUAUACUGUAUAUUAGGCCUGAAAAAACAUUACAGCACAGCCAGCAGCACAAAACACAGGUGGCUUUUUUAAUAUCCAAUAAGUCAAUUCUCCUAGGUUAUGUAUUUAGCCGCAAUCAGACAACACACAUUGCAGCCAACUGCAAUUUCGCCCAGAAGAACAUUGUUGUUAAACUUCUUACUCAGCUAAACUUGACAUUUUAGACGCUCAGAAUCCAAAACAAAACAACAACAGGAAUGAUACUGGAUAACAUGAGGCCUUCGCCGAAUCAUUUCCUUGUAUUUUUGUAUUGUAGUUUUGCUAAAUUUACUUACAAGAGCUUCAAACAAUGUUCCCAAAUCACAGUUUGGAAGAUUUGUGGACACUAUUUUGUGCUACAACAAAAUAUGGAGCAUAUCUUCAUUUAAAUUGCUUGAAUAUUCACUAAUACUGCGUAGCUCUGACCUUAAUCUAAACCUAGUCCUAAUAUUCACUUUAAACAAAAAUCUUGGUGAUUGUAUUAGACUUUGUCAACGUUUGUUAACUACAGAUCUUAGAUCUGUUCACAACCUUCUUUGACCUCAUCCCUAUUGGUGUGUGUGUCUCUGUGUGUGUGUGUGUGUGUGU